UGGGCGGUGCGGAGGGGGAGGCUCGGUUUCACUAGGUUCGGUAUGUCCGCACCGCGCUUCCCAGGGGGAAGGCCGGAUGAUCGGCCGCAAAGAUAAGGCCUUUGCGCCUUCACUUUGUUCAGUUGCAUUCGCCCUCUGGGAGCCACAGGAGUUGUGAUGACGACCAAUCCUCUUGCGGCGCCAUUCAGGGCUUAGCAGAGGUGGCAGCUUAUCCUCUCCUGUGAGGACUGUUACAGGUGGCUCUCUUUCGGUUCUCUGUUCCUAGGUUAAACUCUCAUUUCAGACUUGGCACUCGCUCAGUCCUAAACAAAAAGCAUUAUUAACCCGCAGCGUCUCCGAUGCUCGGCCACGCUCCGAGGAUCGACGCGCGCCAGACGCUCCUGCUGCUUCCGCCCCCUGCUGCGAUAAGAAGACCGCCCGCAAACAUCGCCAAGUUCUCUUUUUGGCGCAGGCGCAACAGCAGCAGUAGGAGGCGGAGCGCCCGACAGGAAGGAGGCAUUCAGGGAGCUCGCUGCGAGAAGGACGCGGUGACGGGCAGCGCAACAGGAGGCUCAAGCAUGUGGGCCAUCACCUCUGAAGAGAGAGCGAAGUAUGACAAGCAAUUUGACAGUCUCAAACCGGUUGGGGGAUAUGUUACAGGUGAUCAAGCACGUACCUUUUUUUUACAAUCUGGUCUGCCAUCUCCAGUCUUGGCUGAAAUAUGGGCACUUUCAGACCUGAACAAGGAUGGGAAAAUGGAUCAGCAGGAGUUUUCUAUAGCUAUGAAACUCAUCAAGCUAAAGCUACAAGGCCAGCCCUUGCCUGUGGUUCUCCCUCCAAUCAUGAAGCAGGCUCCAGUGUUCUCUCCCUUGAUUUCUGCUCGUUUUGGCAUGGGCAGUAUGCCAAAUCUGUCUAUUCCAGCAUCUAUUCCUACAAUUUCACCUUUGGCUCCAAUGUCAUCUUUUACUUCUGUAACUUCCGUCCCUCCCUUGAUUAUUUCUGCUCCCCUGCUGCCUUCUGUAGGCAGAUCAACAUUGCCAAAUGGAACAUCCAGCCUCCUUCAGCCAUUACCUGUAUCAUACUCUUCAACUUUGCCUCAUUCUAGUUCAUACAGUCCCAUGAUGGGAGGAUUUGGUGGUGCCAAUAUCCAAAAGACACAAUCCCUAAUAGAUCUAGGAUCUAGUAGUUCAAAUUCUUCUUCUACUACCUCACUAACUGGGAAUUCACCAAAGACUGGAUCUUCAGAUUGGGCAGUUCCUCAGGCUUCCAGAUUAAAAUACAGGCAGAAAUUUAAUAGCCUUGAUAAAGGGAUGAGUGGAUACCUAUCAGGAUUUCAGGCAAAAAAUGUCCUUCUGCAAUCAAACCUUUCCCAGACUCAAUUAGCUACUAUUUGGUCACUUGCUGACGUUGAUGGUAAUGGACAGUUGAAAGCCGAGGAGUUCAUAUUAGCUAUGCAUUUAACUGAUAUGGCCAAAGCUGGGCAGCCUCUCCCAUUAACUCUGCCUCCUGAGUUCGUGCCACCUUCUUUGAGAAGUGGAAAGUAUGCUGAAAAUACUGAUUGUAUUUUGCCAACAUACCAGAGAAUGCAUGAAGAGGACCCCCCAAAAAAACUUCCAGUUACAUUUGAGGAUAAGAGGAAAGCAAACUAUGAAAGAGGCAACAUGGAACUGGAGAAGCGACGCCAAGUGUUGUUGGAGCAGCAGCAGAGAGAGGCGGAGCGUAAAGCUCAGAGGGAAAGAGAAGAGAAAGAGCGGAGACAAAGGGAGCAGCAGGAACAGGAGCGGAAGAAACAACUUGAACUGGAAAGGCACUUAGAGAAACAGCGGGAGAUGGAAAAACGAAAGGAGGAAGAAAGAAGGAAAGAAAUUGAAAGGCGGGAGGCAGCAAAGCAAGAACUUGAGCGCCAACGGCAUCUAGAAUGGGAGAGGAUUCAGCAUCAGGAUCGUCUUAAUCAACAUAACAGAGAACAAGAAGAAAUCGUCAAACUGGCCUCUAAAAAGAAGAGCCUUAAUCUUGAACUAGAUGCACUGAAUGACAAACACCAACAGAUCUCUGGGAGAUUGCAAGAUAUUAGAAAAAGAAAACAAAUUCAGAAAAAUGAGCUGGAUGUUCUGGAAAAGAAAUGUGAUUUGGGAAUUAUUGAAAGCAAGCAGUUACAGCAACAGCUUCAAGAAUAUCAGAACAAGUUGAUUCUCCUUGUUCCCAUAAAACAGCAGUUAAGUGAGAGAAUAAAUCAUACGCAGCUGGACAACUCUCCUGAUACAGGCCUCAAUUUGCUACACAAGAAGUCCUCAGAAAAGGAAGAAUUAUGCCAAAGACUUAGAGAACAACUGGAUGUACUCGAAAAAGAAACAGCUACCAAGCUCUCUGAAAUGGAUGCUUUCAAUAAUCAGCUUAAGUAUGAGACUAUGGAUGCUUCUCUUCUUCAGUGCCUUUUGUGUCUGCUAAGCUGUCUCAACAACCUCUUCCUCUUACUUAAGGAGCUAAGAGAAGCCUACAGCACACAGCAGUUAGCUCUUGAGCAGCUCCACAGGAUCAAAGAAGCUAAAAUCCAAGAGCUGGAAAGAAAAAGAGCUGAGCUGGUCGAGAAGAAGAGGAUGGAAGAUGAGGCUGCACGAAAAGCAAAAAGGGAAAAGGAGAACUUGUGGCAGGAGAAUAUUCGGAGGGAGGAAGAAGAGAGAAGAAAGAGACUACAGGAAGAGCGAAUGCAAGAAAAAAUCCAUGAGGAAAAGCAAAAGGCUGAGGAGGCAGUUACACAAGAGAGGGCGGCCCAGCAGCAGAAGGUGACGGAGGAAAAGCUUGAAAAAGAAAAAAGGAACAAAGAAGCAGAGAUUCUACGAGAUGCUGAGCAGCAAAAGCAGAAACAGACAGACAAAAGAAAGCAGGAGCAGAUUGCAAAAGAAGCUGAGGAGAGGCAUAAGCAGUUUGAUGAAGAGAAAAAAAGAAAACAUACGGCCAAUCUGCAAGAGUCAGAAAAACCCGUAUUUCAGUUAAAUGAAAAAGUUGUAGACAUCCUUAAACAGACAAAGGGACGAAAUCUUAACUCAACACUGAAAAAUGAAGGCCAUGCUCUAAGCGUCCCUGAUUCUAGGAAAUCAGUUGUCUUUGUGAAGUAUAGAGCUUUAUACCCAUUUGAAGCAAGGAAUCAUGAUGAGAUGAGUUUCAAUCCUGGAGAUAUAAUUCUGGUAGUUGAGAAAACUGAAGGAGAGCCUGGUUGGCUAUAUGGGAGCUUUCAAGGCCAUCAAGGCUGGUUUCCAUGCAAUUAUGUAGAAAAAAUUCCUGAAAAUGAAAACAGCGGUUCACCUCCUAAGAGAGCCUUACUUCCUCCUACAGUAUCUUUGCCAACUGCCUCAGUUCCUGUAUCUUUGCCAACUGCCUCAGAGUCAUUUUCACCAAGUAUAUCAGCUGAAGGAUCCAAUUACCAAAAUAUAUCAUUGUCGAGUUUAAAUGUCAACACAUGCCAGAAAAAAUCUGCUUUUACUCGAACCGUCUCUCCAGGAUCUGUUUCUCCCAUCCAUGGACAGGGGCAAGUUGUAGAAAACUUAAAAGCACAAGCACUGUGUUCCUGGACUGCAAAGAAAGAUAAUCACUUGAACUUUUCAAAAAAUGAUAUAAUUACUGUCUUGGAGCAGCAGGAAAACUGGUGGUUUGGAGAAGUAGGAAGAGGGAGAGGGUGGUUUCCCAAAUCCUAUGUAAAGAUCUUGCCUGAAAAUGAAUACCAAAAGGAGGAGCUGGAAGCUGAUUAUGCCACUGUAAAUAAGAAACACGCAACGCUGCCUUACACAUUGGGUGAGGAACAUAUAGCAUUAUAUUCUUACACUAGUUCUGAACCUGGUGAUUUAACUUUCAGUGAAGGUGAAGAAAUAUUAGUUACUCAGAAAGAUGGGGAAUGGUGGACUGGAAGCAUUGGUGAUAAAAUGGGAAUCUUUCCUUCAAACUAUGUCAGACCAAAGGAUCAUGAUAGUUACGCAACUGCUAGCAAGACAGGAACAAUAAAUAAAAAACCUGAAAUUGCUCAAGUUACCACAGCAUAUACUGCAUCAGGAACAGAACAGUUGAGUCUUGCCCCAGGGCAGCUGAUACUUAUUUUGAAGAAAAAUUCUAGUGGAUGGUGGCAGGGAGAACUGCAGGCAAGAGGGAAAAAAAGACAGAAAGGGUGGUUUCCUGCUACCCAUGUGAAACUUUUGGGUCCAAACAACGAAAGGAAUACCUCAGCUGCUUAUCCAGUGUGUCAAGUGAUAGCAAUGUAUGACUACAUGGCAAGCAAUGAAGAUGAGCUCAGUUUCUCUAAGGGGCAGGUUAUCAGUGUACUGCACAAAGAUGACCCAGAUUGGUGGCAAGGGGAGAUCAAUGGCAUCUCAGGUCUCUUUCCUUCAAAUUAUGUUAAGAUGACCACAGACUGUGAUCCAAGUCAGCAAUGGUGUGCUGAUCUCCAGAGCCUUGACACAAUGCAUCCCAUGGAAAGGAAGAGACAGGGUUACAUACAUGAGCUGAUCCAGACAGAGGAAAAAUACAUGGAGGACCUUCAGCUUGUCUUGGAGGUUUUCCAGAAACAAAUGGCUGAAGCAGGCUGUCUCUCCGAAUCAGAAAUGGGAUUAAUUUUUGGCAACUGGAAGGAACUCAUAAUAUCGAAUACAAAGUUAUUGAAAGCCCUGCGUCUGCGUAAGAAGUCUGGAGGUGAAAAAAUGCCAGUGCAGAUGAUUGGAGACAUAUUGGCUCCUGAAUUAUCUCAAAUGCAAGCCUAUAUCCAGUUCUGCAGCUGCCAGCUUAAUGGGGCUGCACUGUUGCAGCAAAAAACAGAUGAAGAGCCAGAGUUCAAAGAAUUUUUGAAAAAAUUGGCUUCAGACCCUCGCUGUAAAGGAAUGCCACUCUCCAGCUUCCUGUUGAAACCUAUGCAGAGAAUUACUCGCUACCCUCUUCUCAUAAAGAGUAUUCUGGAGAAUGCCCCUGAAACUCACCCAGAUCACAUUAAUCUGAAGCUGGCCCUUGAGUGCGCUGAGGAACUGUGUUCCCAGGUUAAUGAAGGGGUGCGAGAAAAGGAAAAUUCUGACCGGCUUGAGUGGAUACAAUCUCACGUUCAGUGUGAAGGACUUGCUGAGCAACUGAUUUUUAACUCUCUGACCAAUUGCUUGGGACCACGGAAGCUUUUGCACAGUGGCAAACUUUACAAGACAAAGAGCAACAAAGAACUGUAUGGAUUUCUCUUCAGUGACUUCCUGCUUCUCACCUACAUGGUCAAGCAGUUUGUAUCUACAGGGUCAGAUAAACUGUUCAACCCAAAAUCAAAUACUCAAUUCAAAGUCUACAAAGUGCCUGUUUUUCUUAAUGAAGUCCUAGUGAAAUUGCCAACUGAUCCUUCUAGUGAUGAACCAGUUUUCCACAUCUCCCACAUUGAUAAAGUGUACGCACUAAAAACAGACAACAUCAAUGAAAGAACUGCCUGGGUCCAGAAAAUCAAAGGAGCAUCAGAACAUUAUAUUGAAACUGAAAAGAAGAAACAUGAAAAGGCUUACCAAGCUCGAUCACAGAAGAAUUCAGGAAUAGGACGUUUGAUGGUGCAUGUGAUUGAAGCAACCGAAUUAAAAGCAUGUAAACCUAAUGGGAAGAGCAACCCAUACUGUGAAAUUAGCAUGGGGCCUCAAAGUUAUACUACCAGAACACUGCCAGACACUUUGAACCCCAAAUGGAACUUUAACUGCCAAUUCUUCAUCAAGGAUCUCUAUCAAGAUGUGCUAUGUAUCACCAUGUUUGACAGGGAUCAGUUCUCACCUGAUGAUUUUUUGGGCCGCACUGAAGUUCCAGUAGCCAAAAUCAGAACUGAGCAAGAACACAAGGGACCUACAACUAAACGUAUAUUGCUGCAUGAGGUACCAACGGGGGAAGUUUGGGUGCGAUUUGAUCUGCAAUUAUUUGACCAGAAAACACUCCUUUGAAUAAGAACUAUUGUUUUGUGAGGACUACUCCCAUUUUUACAAAUAAUUCUUCCUUUCAGGCACAUAACUGGGUGCAAUUCUUGCUGCACAGUCACUUCACCUGAUCGCUGGUACAUUAUUUCUCUGUGGUGUGUUGGUGACAAUCUAUGCAAUGUAAAAUGUGCUGUAUUAAGAUACUGUAGACGUGCCUUUCUUUGCCGAUAUUGAAAUUUGAAUACCAAUGUCUCCAUUUUUAGAGCUCUUUAAAGUAUUAAUUAGAAACCUGACAUUAAAAAUGUUUAAGGUGUUACCACUUGGAUCAACAUGUAUACGUGUUGAGGAGUGGUGUAGUUCAGGGCUAGAAUUAUUUAUUCUUUCACGCAUGUAGAUGACAUCAGGUGGGGGAUUGAGCUCCCCCUAGCCGUCAUAGGCAGAAUCGCUGUUCAAAUUUGCAAGGCACUUGCUUUUCAUAACUGGUUCAAUCCAGUUCUAUUCUGCCUUCACCCUCAGUGGUCAUGCAUGCCUUUGCUAAGGCUUGUUUUUUAAAACUUUUUGGUUUCCAGUGUUUUUUCUUGUGCUGUGUGUUCCCUGCAUUGUGUCCAUAAUCUAAGUUCCUUCCUUCUCUUCAUCUCUGUCAUUCCCCUUGGCGGCGGGGGGAAAACACCUCUGUUUCUGUGAAGUUCCCUGUGCCCCUGCUUCUAUAGUGUUGGUUUCUUCAGUCCUUGGCCCCUGCUGACUUGUUCUUUCUCUUCCUGCCGCCUUCCCCUUAACUCUUGCUAGUGCUUCAGUUGUGCCCAUCAUUUUGGAGACAGUUUUGCCUGUGCAUGUUGCACCCGACUUUAUGGAGAGCCUGCUUGGCUUUUCUACUGCCCAAUAGCAGUCUAGUCACUUCUGGUAUCCAGCUAUACAGGAUGUGCAACAGCAAGCAGAAAUCUGGGGUGCAUAAUACUUCUACUGCUUGUCUCCCCCCCCCCAAAGACACAAGCCAUAGCUACAGCCUCUGUGUUUGUGCUGAUGCUUCUUAUGUCUGAAGAACCAAUUCCCUCUUCCCUCCCUGAGUCAGGCUACAAUGCAUUCUGUCUCUGGGAUUCUGGUUCAGUCAAGCACUGUUGGCACUCCUCGUUUGGCCCCAUCUAACAUGCCUGGUUUGAGAGAGAGGAAUCCCAGUACCAGUAGCGUGCCUUUCUCUCUGCCUUCAUCCUCCAGUGCCAUCUCAGGAGGAAGGGGAGGAUAUUGUCCAGGAAGGGACUUGGCUAGAGAGGUACACCAGCACUUGGCAUGCAGGAGUUUGAGAACUCAAUAAAGACCUCUCUGAUGAAGAGGAGGUGGGUGGCAGGAGGGCUUUGGAUCGCACCUUUUCAGCUGAUUCUUCUCCUGAGCAUUUCUUAGGUUUCCAGGAUUCUGCUUCCAUACUUGUCUCUACAGCUUUGCUUGGAAAUCCUAGGAACUUGCCUUCUUCUUCCAUGCCUGUGGAAGUGAGAGGCAUCUGGGUUACAGCUCACACCCCUUAUGUUGCACCAAAUCAGGGAUGCACUUCUGGCAGGCUUAGCUAGGGACUUGUCUGCUUCUCAGCCUCCUCCUUAGGGACUCACCACCUUAUCAUGGCUUCUGGUAGCCAGGUUACUAGUACACAGGUUGUAAGGUCCACACUUCCAACCUGCACAAGGACUCUUCAUCCUCUGCGGUUGUGCGUAAUUCUCCUGACCCCCAAGGGGUGGCUAGGAAGAGAGCUUCCUUGGCACGAUUGGCUUGCUCAGAUCAUCAGGCUGCCAUGGGAAAUCCCAAGGGUAACCUCAUUGUUCUAGAUGAGGAGGAAUGGAGAAUCUGAUAUGGAAAAAGUGAUAACCACCUGCCUUUUUCACGAUGCCCACUAUAUGCCUCUUCUAUGUAAGACUAUGGCGGCUUUGGAUCUAGUUCCUCCUGAGGAUGCCCUGACUAUGGUUUCUUCUAGGGUGGCUGUGGUCUGUCCUGAUCCUACUCCCAAGUCCACAGUGGUGAGACUCCCUUCUCUUCUGCCUAAGGUCAUCAAGGCUGAAUACGACUCUCCCUUGCAAUGUAAGAAGUCAGUUGCAAUUGCCAAGAAACACUGUGUGUUGGAGCAGCCCACAAUAGAUCUCUUGAAAGUGCCUUUCAUUGAUGCUCCCAUUGUUGGGAUGCUGAAUAAGUCACUUAGCCCUAAAGACUCUGAUGUCUAGCUGAAAGAUCCACUGGAGAGGAAGCUGGACUUGGGCCUCAGGCAUAUGCAUGAGACUUGUGCCUGUUAGUGCGGACAGCAUUCUGCGCAUUGGUAUUUGCUAGGGUGACUUUGCUUUGGCUGGAGGAUCUUUUGGCCGCUUCUCAGCAGGAUCCCACCAGACUUAGCAAGACUUUUCUGAAUAUUUCUUGAGUGGUGCCUUUCAUUGCUGAUGCCUUUAUAGACAUAGCACAAUUUUCAGCUCAGGCUUGGGUAAUGUCCGCCUUUUAUAGGAGGACCAUUUGGCUUUGCCACAGGGGCAGAAUCUAACUUAGCCAAGGAACCUUAUUCCAGGGACAAGCUUUUUAGGGACUUGGUGCUGCAAGAGGUGCUGGUGGAGUCCAAGGUCAAGAAGGCCAUGCCUUCUAGCGGGAAACAGAUCAAACACUCUUUGAAGGCCCUUCCAUCCCUACCAGCCUACUCAGUCCUUUAAGUCUUCAGCUCUGGGCAAGGAUGUUUGGACCUCACCCUUUCUGGAACAGACCCCAUCUUGGCAGUAGAGGACAGUAGCAGCUUCCAAACAUCAGUUCUGAUGCCAUAUCUCCACCAGUGGAGGGCUGCCUUCACUACUUCACCAACAAGCGGCAAGCAUUCCAUCCAGUGUUGGAGACCCUCAGGCAGGGUCUGUGUCUGGAAUUUUCAGCUCUGCCUCCUCACUCAUUUGUUCCUUCCACAGUUUCCUCCAAUUUCAAGAAGAAGGGCAAGGUCCAGCAAGCCAUCCUCCAUCUUCUGGACAUUGCAGCAGUGGAAACUGUUCCUCCAGCAUCCUUGUUAUUUACGGUGCCCAAACACAACAGCUUGGUCUGGGCAGUCCUGAAUAUACAACUACUCAAUCAGUUUAUCGUCUAUCGCAGGUUCAGGAUGGAGAUCCUUAGUUCCAUCGAAGAAGCCCUUUGUCUUGGGGAUUUCCUAUCAUCCAUCAAGCUGACAGAAGCUUACGUCCAAUCCCUAUCCACCCUCACCACAGACACUAUCUGAGGUUCUUCAACAGCCAGCACUUCCAAUAAAAGGCCUUUGGACUGGUGUCUGCCCCCAGGCUAUUCACAAAAAUCAUAUUAUCCUGGUAGCACACCUCUGUCUCCAGGGCAUACACAUUUACUCCUACUUAGAUGACUUUCUAAUCCGCUCACCCUCUCAGACUCAGGACCUCCAAAUCACCUUGGCCUGUCUAAAGAAUGCUGGCUUUCUGGUCAAUGUGGAAAAAAGUCACCUCUUUCUAUAGAGAGCCCUCAUAGACACAUGCUUAUCCCUCUUGGCUCUCUCUCCAGAGUAGAUUUACAAAAUACAGUCAGUGGUGCAGUCCAUUCUUCACAAGUUGUCAAUGGAUCUGAUGUUGGUAGCACGGAUGUUGGGUCUGUUGAUUUCAGCAAUUCAAAUCACCCCCUGGGCAAGACAUCACUCACACUCCUUUCAGUGGCUGCUCCUUCCUUUUCAGAGUGAUAUUGCUGCCAGGCAGUACCAGCAGAUCCAUAUUCCCAGGUCAGUUCAGCUGUCCAUUACGGUGGCUUCAGGAAUCAGACUUCUGGAUGGGAGUUCCCCUUGUAGAGCCCCCCCGGACAGUAAUUACCUCAGAUGCCAGCCCUGUGCGGUGAACACAUGGUUCAGGGAACUUGGUCACCAGAGGAGUCCUUACUCCCCAUCAACUACUUGGAGUUGCGGGCUGUCCACCUGGCAAUUCAACACUUUUCCUAGAGGCACUUGGGGGGGGGUGCUUCUCUGCACCGGCAGCAUGACUGCUAAAGCCCACAUCAAUCAUCAGGCGGGGUUGAGAUCCUGCCCACUCCAACAGGAAGCCUUGCUCCUACUCCAUUGGGUGGAACAACUCCUGGACUCGCUCUAAGCAGAGCACCUCUGAAGGAAUGACAAUGCUCAAGGUGAUUGGCUGAGCAGAAAACAAGUGGAAACUCUAUCCUCAGGGGUUCCAGCUGUUGUUGGAUCAUUUUGGCAGGAUUCAUGUGGACGUUUUCACAUCUCCAGAGAAUCAACACGUUCCCAGAUUCUUUUCCCAUUAUGUGGCUCCCUCAGCAAAAGGACUGGAUCCACUGGUCUCCUCAUGCCCACCAAGGCUCCUAUAUGCUUUUCCCGUUUCCGCUCCUGUCUUCAGUCCUGCAGAAGGUGAGAGAAGAAUGGGUAACCAUCCUGCUGGCAGCUCUGCUGUGGCCUCGGAGGCCCUGGUUCUCUGAGCUGGUCAACCUGAUGCUGACUGCUCUGACCUCUUCCUCCACGCACAGAUCUGCUCUCCCAGGGCCAGUUUCUCCAUCCAUAUCCAGCCUGGCUGGCCCUUCGUACCUGGAAUCUGAGAGGUUGCACUUCAUCAAGGCUGGCCUUCCACCAUCAGUGAUUGAUACCAUGUUGGCUGCCAGGUGCCCCUCAACCCUUUGUAUGUACCAGACCACAUGGAAAAUGUUUUCUUGCUGGUGCAAAGAGAAAACUCUUUGUCCUAGAAAGGCCAGCAUCACAGAACUUUUGUCUUUCCUCCAGGACAGUCUUUCACUGGAGCUUAGGCCCAACACACUCAAGCGUCAAGUCUCAACUUUAUCCUGCCUAUUAUUGAAGGAUUCAAUCAGACCGUUGGGAUUGCAUCCCUUCCUAAAAUGUUUCCAAGGUGAUGGCUCAUUAUCAUCGCCUCCAGUUCAACAUCGCUUUCCUACCUGGGACUUACACAAGGUUCUCACUGCCCUGAAAAAGCCUCCCUUUUAACCUUCAAAAUACAUUUCCUUGCGUUUACUAUCCUUUAAAGUUUUGCUUUUAAUGGCUAUCACGUCUGCUAGACGGAUCUCUGAACUUCAUGCUCUUUUCUAUUGCCAAGCAUUUCCGGACAGGGUGAUUCUUCAUACUGACCUGUGCUUCCUUCCUAAAGUUCUGUCACCCUUUCACUGCCAGCAAGAGCGUAUUCUUCCUACUUUCUGUCCCUCUCCAGUCCACCCCACUGAGAAGGCUUGGCAUUCUCCAGAUGUUUGAAGGGCACUGAAGUUUUUUAUUUCUUGCACUAAGCCCUUCCAUCGAUCAGAAUCCAUUUUUUUGCUCCUUCCGCCCUGCUUUCCUGAAAAGGAAGAUUUCCUCCUCCACAUUGGCCCAGUGGAUCAAGACAUGUAUUAUGUUGGUCUACGCUUGCCUUCGUCUGCCAUCACAGACCAAGAUUUUGGCUGCAACCUUAGUCGCCUUCUCCAUGAAUGCUCUUUUGCAGGAGGUCCUACCUGUGAAUGGGUCUUCUUCGUGCAUAUAACAAUGACAUCAGGGCCACUCCCUAGUUUUUGGUUUCCUUUUUUCAGUUGGGAGCGGCCUUUAUAUAAAACUGUUUAAAUAAAUAAAUAAAUAAAUAAAAUCAGGAUUAUCAUUUCCUAGUUCCCUCUGUCUGCAAAGAGACUUGUUCUGGUUUUUUUCCCUUGCAUUUUGCUACCAUUGUUCCUACCUGUCAUCUCCUCUUGUCUGGCUUGUCAUCAUAGAACUGGAUUGAACCGGCUAUGGAAAGCCAGAAGAGCCUUGCACAUUUGAACAGCUAUUCUGCCUUUGAGCAGUAGGGGGAGCUCACCCUCCCCACCUGAUGUCAGUGUUAUAUGCAUGAAAACCCAUUCACAGGUUGAACCAAACGGUCUCAUCUCAAGCCUGGAGAAUGUAAUCUGCUUAACCAUCAUCUCAGGAUAUCAAUUGUAAGGAAUAUAUGCUGAAGUUUUAGCACUUCAGGAUCCUUUAAACAAUGUAUAUAAUUAAGAGUAGAUUUCUUUACUAAGUUCUGCACUGUUCUCUCUUGAGUUCUGUUAAUCAUUUUAUAACCAGUUUCUGAAGGUUAUAAAAAAGGAAUAACUGGAAAAUAUUCAUUUUAAAAAGUGAUCUGUAAUAAUGUAGAUACUUUUCACAUGAUUUGGUUGAUAUAUUUAUGAAAAAAUACUUUGGUCUUCUAGAAGAUCUGCAUCAACUGUGCAAGGCCCAAGGUAGAGAAAGUUAGAUUGUCUUACUUGGAUCUGUAUACUGAAUAAAAUAAGCUUAUUUUAUAUUUGUCAAGAUUCAUAUUGCAUCUUGAUUUUCAAAAAUGUAUUUUAUUGUACUGUCAAAUGUGAAAAAAAUAUAGGAAUUAAAUUCAAGGGGGGAAAUCAAAAUGCAAAUAAUAUUUAUUGAGGUAUUUAAAUUAUAAAUCAUAGGAUUUAAUGGAAUUAUAUGCAGGAAGCCUGACCUUCCUCUUAGAUUCUAAGAGCCAAAAGUGCCCACCAAAUCAUCAUCCUGUGCAAAAGCCCCAGUCAGAGAUCUUCAGCACCUUGCAGAAGGAAUCUCACCUAAACUGUGCUCAUUACUGAGAAUGGUGGUAAUAGUAGUAGAUGGUUUUGAGCAUUUGACAACCAGAAUAAACCAGCACAUGUGCUUCUUUAACUUGGCUCUGCUAUUUGAGUACUACUUUCAACUUCAAACAUGGAGUGGAGUUGUAUCCCUUAGGUGCUAUUUUGCUUAACAAGUUCUAACCGAAUAGCGAGCUUUGCUAGAAUAAAACAGUUUUCUAUGAUUCACUGUUUGUAAUAUAAUAAAAGCUGGUUUCCCAAGAGUAUAUGUAUUCAAUUCAAAACGACAUACCACAUUCUGUAAAACUGCUUAUGACAACUUUUUUUGGCAAGAAUAAAAAC